UCGGCUCCUCCUCCAAGAAUCAGUGUAGUUGAAAGCAAAUUGAGAAAAGAGUUACUACAAAAUUUACUGAAAAUGUCAUUGAUUCCAAGAAUGUUCGGCGAUCGACGAAGCAGCGUCUUUGAUCCAUUCUCAAUCGACCUAUGGGAUCCCUUCAGGGAAUUGGGCUUUCCAGGAUCCAAUUCACGGGAGACUUCUGCAUUCGCUCACACACGAGUCGAUUGGAAGGAAACUCCGGAGGCUCAUGUGUUCAAGGCCGAUCUCCCUGGGCUUAAGAAGGAGGAAGUGAAAGUCGAGAUCGAAGACGAUAGGGUUCUUCAAAUCAGCGGAGAGAGGAAUGUGGAGAAAGAAGAUAAGAAUGAUACUUGGCACCGUGUGGAACGCAGCAGCGGCAAAUUCAUGAGAAGAUUCAGGCUCCCCGAGAAUGCGAAAAUGGAUCAAGUUAAGGCGGCGAUAGAGAAUGGAGUGCUGACUGUUACUGUUCCGAAAGAAGAGGUGAAGAAGCCUGAUGUCAAAUCCAUUGAGAUCACUGGUUAGGUGCUAUAAUUUAGAAUAAAGAUAUGUACAUGUUGUUGGGAAUAAACCUCUUGCCAAAAUAAUAUUCACGGUAAUAAAGCGGAAUAAUAAUGUAGCA